AUGUAUCCGUCUGGGGAAAAUUACCUUUUGCAGUCGCGACAAAAGCUUUAUAGAGGUGAAGAGUUUGAAGAGAAAUUGAAUGAUUUAUUCAACAAAAAGUUUCAAUUUCGUUUCAAUAGCGAGUGGGUAUUGCCGGCUGUUGAUAACUGGUUUUCCGAAUCUCCUUGGAAGGUUAAAGGACUGGAGUACUUAAAAAGUCGUCUGAAUCAUCACAAAAGCCAGUUAAACGAUUUUAGCAUUGAGGAGUGGAGUAGUCAUACUCGUCGAAGAAACCCAGCUGGAGAAGUUUGCUGGAAACUCAGAUGCUUGGUGAAUCCUGAAUUUCUUACCCAAGCUUGGACAAAGUUUUAUGAAUGUGCAUCAACAUACAACGUCAUCCCCACUGAAGCUGUAAGUGAUAUGAAGAUGGUGUCAUUGCACUUGUGUGAAGCUCCUGGUGCAUUCAUUACUUCUUUAAAUCAUUACCUGAAGCUGCAUCAUCCAAAUAUUGUUUGGCAGUGGGUAGCAAAUACACUGAAUCCAUACUACGAAGGGAACUCACCCUCCAAUAUGAUCAGUGAUGACCGUUUUAUGUUCCACACUUUGGACAACUGGGACUUUGGCGUGGACAACACAGGCAACUUAAUGGACUGGGACAACUCUCAAGCCAUCAUAGAGAAGGCCAAGUCCUUGGGAAAGGUGCUUCUGGUAACAGCUGAUGGGUCCAUCGAUUGCCUUCAGAAACCAGAUGCUCAAGAAGAAGUGACCUCACCGCUCCACUACUGUGAGAUCGUGACGGCACUGCAAACGCUCAGUCCUGGGAGUGAUUACUUAGGUGGGACUCUCAUAUUUAAGCUGUUUACAAUUUUUGAACAUUCCACUGUAAGUCUUCUGUAUCUUAUCAAUCAUCUGUUUAAAGAAGUCAACAUUUACAAACCGAUCACUUCUCGUCAGGGUAACUCCGAGGUAUACGCAAUCUGUCUGCGAUACAAAGGUAUCGAUCUGACACCAUACUUACCGAUCCUUCGUUCUGCUUUCGGAACGGAACUCUACUCGAAUAAAUCACUGUUCCCACUUGAAAAAAUACCCGAAUCAUUCCUCAAGCAGAUUGAGGAAUGCGCUUACUACUUCUGCUCAAUCCAGUGCCAAGUCAUAAACAACAACCUCCAGGCUUAUCUCAUGCAGAAAAAUAUCGCAUUGCAUAGGGAUAUGAAAAAGAUCAGGGCGUUAGUCGCCUCAGAGUUCAUUUGGAAAUAUGAUCUUAAACCAAUUGACAAUGCACAGGAGAUUUUAAAGGGAACCCUCCACGAAGAAAAUAAAAUUAAUAUCAACCCACGCUACCACCGAGGCUCCUACACGGAGAGGCAAUUGUACACAAAGAUGUCUUUGAAAGAGAAACUGAAGAGCUUAAAUUCCUUUUUGCAAGCCGAACUGCUUUCUAACCCAACAAUUCUCAUUAACGAGCCAGUUAAAUGGAUGUCCAAUGGCGAAACUGCAAAAAUCAAUCUGGUUUUUACCUAUGGCAGACCAUUGCAAAAGAUUAACAGUUCAAAGUUUAUAUUUGUACCUAUCUUUAAACUGUAUCAACAGAUUCUCGCUGAAGAGGAAUUCAAGGAGAUCAUUCUGUAUAAGCCUACUAAACCAAAGGUAGAUGAUAACCUUGAAACUGAGUCAUAUAAAAUUGUUACAUUGCCCGAAAUCCAGUUCAAGGAUAAUUACAACGUUUAUGAGAAGAAUUGCUUUAAAACAUUGCUGAAUGGUCUCAGAGAGUUGUCGGAUGGUGAAUCAAUCCUGUUGCAGAAUUUCAACACUUUGACGCACUUUAAUGUGAGCGUGUUGUAUAUUUUAUCAAAGUCGUGUUUCGAAAAAACCGGCUUUGCAUCUUCUGGAAGUAUUCUUCUGAACAACUUCAUUAACAAACCUUCUCUGAAGUAUUUGGAGAUCAUAGAUGACGAGUGCAAUAAAGUACGACAGAACGAGAAGAAGGAUGUUUUAAAUUCCCUUCCAGUGCAGGUGACAAACAUAGAAGACUUCUUCAGUAAUAUUGUCUUCUACAACAAUACUUUCUACAGAAACAAAUGCAUGGAAUACUUUGAAAAGAUUGAACAAUCUCUAUAA